GCCCGGACGUGGCGAUGUACAGCGCAGUAGCCAGUGCCUGUGACCAAGUGCAUAGGUGGACCUUUGCGCUGCAGAUGCUCAGUCUUGCGAGGGAAGAGGACCGUGCGGAAGGGAUGAGUCGACGGCCAACAACCCCGAUGAACUCGGUGAAGCCCAAAUGGCGAGUGAAGCCUCCAGAGAAAGAUCGUGUCCAGAUUGCCCAGUCCGGUGCUCCUCAAUACAAGGAUUCGUUCAUUCCAGCCGGCUGCGAUGAUGAUGAAGACGCAGCUCGCUAUGAGCAGGUCAUCACGCGUGGCCACUGGUGUCCUCCACGGCUCCGGGGCCGCAACGACUUGCUGAUUGAAGCGGUGAACGAUUGGCAUUUCGCCAUGUUGAACGAUUCGCACCGCAACCAGUUUUACUGGGACGCCUUGGGCCGUUGCGUGAAGGACAAAUGUGUGGUUGACAUCGGCUCUGGGAGUGGCUUGCUGGCGCUGAUGGCUUUAAAGCUGGGGGCUCGGAAGGUCAUUGCCAUCGAGGCUUCCCAAGAUAUGGUGGACCUGGCUCGGCUGAAUGCUGAGAGAAACGGGGCAGAGAGGCUGCAGAUCAUCCAUGGUUUGAGUAGCAAAGUGCACUUGAACGACUGCAAGGCUGAUGUGAUCGUUUCUGAAACUUUGGGCGCUUUGAUGCUUGGGGAAGGCAUGCUGGACUACAUGGCUGAUGCCCGGCUUCGCUUGGGCCAGGCGGACUGCUUGGUGGUGCCACGCGGUGGUGCUCAGUUUGCCCAGCUGGUGGCAUCUGAGUCCCUGGCCAUGGUCUCGAGUGUGCAAACUCAAUGCAGCUUGGGCUUUGAUUUGUCGGCCAUUGGCUGCCUGCAGGACACGGGGAAGAUCUUUUUCAGCAAGCAGUGGGGCUUCCGCUUGAACACCUUGAACGACCUGGUGGGUAUGUCCGAGCGCAUUUGCAUCUUCGAAGCCGACUUUCAGAAUGGAGACCGGCGUGACAUUCCAGCCAUCCAGAACUUCAAGCUCCGCGCCACACGACCGGGAGUGAUCCAUGCUGUGAUGGCAUCCUGGGAGGUCUGGAGCGAUGAAGCGAAGACGCACAAGAUCACGACUCAUCCAGAGGACACCAAAGACCAGCCCUGGGGCUUUGCACGAGAUAUGCAAUGGGGACAAGGUCUUCAGCUCAUUGAAGACUUUGACGCGGCGAACCGUGCAGGCUCUCGGGAGGACGCUCCAAGCCCAUUCAUCGUCCAAGAGGGUGAGGAGCUGCUGCUCACGGUGAGGAUGAGCUUGCCGUGCCGGCAAACAUUUCAGCACUUUGGGAGAGCCAAGAAGGGCGAAGAAGGCCUUCGUGAUGCCCACGAGAUCCCAAACGCUUAG